AUGGUAGUUGCAUUGACGUAUGUUAACAAAAAAGGUAAAGUGAAUGGGCAAGUUAUUGCUAUUGUUUGUGUUAGUGAUACAUCGACAAAAACGUUGAAGGAAACAAUAUGUUCUUUGCUUAUGAGACAUUCUUUAAGUACAUCUAAAAUACGUGGACAAGGCUUUGAUGGGGAUAGUAACAUGCAAGGAGAGAUGAAUGGUCUUAAAGCUUUGAUUUUGCAAGAAACUCCUUUGGCAUAUUGUAUUCAUUGUUUUGCUCACCAAUUACAAUUGACACUUGUAGCCGUUGCCAAAAAACAUUUGCUCGUAGAUGACUUUUUUGCUAUUAUUAGUAAUGUGUUGAAUGUGGUAGGAGCAUCAUUUAAGCGUCGAGAUCAACUUCGGAACCAUCAUGCGGAAAUGUUGGAGCAACUACUAGAAAGUGGUGAAGUUCAAAGUGGAAAAGGAUUAAAUCAAGAACGAGGACUUCAAAGGCCAGGUGACACUCGUUGGGGUUCAUAUUUUAGAACAUUGGAUAACUUUAUUGUUUUAUUUUCAUCUAUAGUUCAUGUGCUUGAUGCGAUAAAAUGUGGAGGCUCGAAUUCCAAUGAUAGAUUACAAGUCGAGGCUUUUUUGAGUAUGAUCAAUGAAUUUGAAUUUGCUUUCUUGCUUCACUUGAUGUUGAAGAUAUUGGUGAUGUCCAUUGAGCUCAGUGCAUCAUUACAAAGAAAAGAGCAAGAUAUUGUCCAUGCCAUGAUAUUUCUUGACAUUACUAAGAAAAGAUUGCAAUUGUUGAGAGAUGAUGGAUGA